ACUUCGGGGGGGGGGAUUUUUUUUUUAAAGAGUAGUUCAUGUUUGAUUGUUACUCUUGAUAAAUGCAACGUAGGUUGUAUUCAUUUAACUUGCGUGUUUACUUUAAAGUUAAAUAGAUAGAGGCAUAUAUGCAUGUCAUAUUACUUCUGCUUGACAUAUCUACAUUUUAAAAAAAACAAAAAAACUUUUUAUUAGGAUGAAAAAAUCACUAAAAUGUACGCGGUGCAUAAAAAUCGGUUGGAGAUAAAUACAUUGACUAUUCACAUGAGGAAAGUGGUGAUUCUAUUACUUUUGUGCUGUUGCCUAAGACAGGCAUUUUCUGGUAUACCUUUUAUUCAUUGUGUUGUAGUUGUUAUUUUUUUUUUGCACUGGCGGAAAAAAAAUGUCAUAUAUAUUUCUAUGGUUAAUAUUUCCUUUCUGUUAAUCAGGCUAUUUAACUGGUGAAUUUUUUCUGAAAUAAUUAAUUUCUUUUUUUUUUACAUUUAUAAGGCAUAUUUUUUUUUUAAAUAUUAAGAUUUAAUAUAAAAUAAUAUAUUUUUUAAAUUAUAUUUUUUGGCACAAAAUCAUUUGCGAAUAAAUAUGUUAGUUUAUUUUAAUAUAAAGGAAUAUACAUAAUUAAUAUAAUUAUGCACUAUUUUGGAUUAUACAUUAUUAUAACAAAUUAUUCCCCCUUCCUCACUGUAGUUAGGAUCAAAUUGUUUAAAUCCGAGCCAUUCGGAGCAGCUUAUGGAUCGAUAAGACUCUCACUGAAACAAAAGCUAAGUCUAGAAUGUGCGAUUGAGUCUUCUUCUGGUCAGCAGUACGUGGCACGUAUCACAAACGAGGAGGGCGUUGUGCUUGCAAGCAGAAGAGAUACCAAUGAUUCCAUUCUCACACAUACUAUACACCAAGUGGCGUGCCACGAUAUAGGAUCGUUAACUUGUGAGCUUGAGGAUCAAAGUAAGAGUGAAUUGAUCACUUCGACACUUUACUUAAUGGUGGAAAAUUGUGAGUAUUUUACAGUUAUAAAUUAAUGAUAGAAAAUUGCAAAAAUAAUAUAGUUAUGACUUAAUGGUAGACAAAGUAUUGUCAGGACUAAAUAUUUGACAAUUUUGAGUACAGCAUAUCAUUGCAUUUAAAGUAGACAACCGUAAGUGUAUUUUAUGACUUAAUGGUAAGCAGCACCCCGGCAGGACAGGUGAUCUUUCUCUGAUGCCUCCUAACUCGCAUAGUCAAGGUUGGGUUUGGCUGUCUCAGGGGCGGAAUGCCCCAAGCGUGCCGCUUCGCGGCCGUAUGGAAUUAAAAAAACCACCAAGGGAGUGUUUGAAGGCCAGUUGGAUUAGCCGGGUAAGGCACUAGGGAAGACUUUAUGAGCUUCGGCUUGUUAGUUUGUUGAUUUGCUUAAGUAAGUUGGUUAAUUGUGUUGUGUAUUGCGUUAAUUAAAAGAGUGAAUCCAGUUGAUGAAACAAAUCUAUUCUGACUUGUAUGUUUUCCCACAAUCGAUUCACUUUUGUUGCAUAAAAUCUAAACUUGGUAGGACUUACACAAUUAACAAUACAGUGCCAUUUAAAUAGAGUUUGCUGUGCAAGGCCACUUACAAUAUGAAAUAUAUGUCGCCGACCAGUUAGACCCACUUAAAAAAAAUGCCCGCAGCGUACAUUACGCUUUAAUUACGGUUACAAAGAUUGCAAACAUUGAACAUAACUGAUGAAUGUAGGAAACUAGACAAAAACAACUGAUUUAAAAAAUGCAAGAAAAACAAGAUACUGAUCAUCAACUCCGGGGAUUAUUUCAACCAGAACAAACGUUUGAAUUAUUACAAUGGAAAGAUGUGCAUGAUUUUUUUCUUAAUUUUAAAACUAAAUUAAAUUAAUGUAUUCGUCACUAAAAAAAAACAAAAAAACCUCUACAUAUUUGUGCUAUGUAGGAGCGACAAAUAAAAUUAACAUGAGGUAACAAUCAUUUGGAUUUUGUUUAUAGUGUGUUACUUGAAAGAAAUGUUUUGCCAAGUAAUUUUAGUAGAUAGGAAGUUCACACGUUGCCGCUGAAUUGUAAGGUAGGUUAUUGCAGGUGUGUAUAUAAUUAUCCAGCUCAAUUUCACUAAAGUUAUUUUAAAUAUUUUCUAAUUUUUUUUUUGUUGAAUUUUCAACAUCACAAAUAAGGAAAUAAAACUCCAAAUUUGAUAGAUUUAUUCUGAAUGAAGUGCGUAAACUGUAUUGUAUUAUUAAAAGAAAAUGAAUUAAAUAUAUUUUAAUACAUUGUGGAGAGUUCGAACCUGUGUGCGACAGGGGGGGGGGGGGGGGGGGGAAACCUCACUGCGGGGUAACCGACCAACAGAUCAGCGUUUGCAGCUCUAACACCGUGACGACGCUAUUUCGAACGCUCGUUGUGGUUGGGUGAUGGCCAGUUAAACGGCAUUGGGCGUUAGAACAGAUUUUAGUGUCAGCCCGGACCUGCCGAGGGGGGAGGGGCUGACCAACCGACCAAUUGUUGUAGCUUGGCAGAUAACGUCGUGGCGAGGCUGGCUAUUAUGUGAGUCCAGUGGUCAGUUAACGUCCAAUUAAAAGACAGGGGGCGAGCUAGAAGGACAUUAAAUGACUGAGAUUUGGGAUUAAGAUAAAAGACCUGGGAAGAAAUCUCUAUGGGCUCUGGACUAAUAAAUAGGGACACUGGACAGGAUUGGACAGAACGCAGACGGACAGGGGAAGUGGACAGUCUAGGGAGAGCUACGCCGGGCGGAGGGCGAGCCGGACAGUCUACUGGACAGGAGUAAAAUACAUGCAGAGUUGCGAGAUGAGAGAAAGUACGAGCGAAAUAUCAGCCCAAUAAAAAGAGCAAGAUUAUAACCAUCAAAGUGUUAUUACCUGAAUGUUGGCGAGAGACAGAGCGAACGAGGUUACCAUCCACAUAAAGUAGAUAGAGGAACGAGGCCUGACCCCCGAUGUCCUUGCACUAUUUGUAAUAAUUAUGUAGUAACUUUAUUAAACCAAUUUCAAUAUAUAAAUAUAUAUGUAAAGACAUAUAUAGAUAUGUAUAUGUUACAUAUAGAUUUAUAUAUAGAUAUAUUCCUUUGUUCUUUAGGUUUACCCAGAACAUGCAAGGGCUCCAAGCCCGAUUUGAAAAUGGUUGUCCCACACCAUAGCAACGGUUCCUUGUCGUUGUGCGUCAUUGCCGACACGAGUCGCUUCAUAGACAUGAAGGUGUACAUCAACGGAGAGAGGUUGAAGCUCACCGACCAGCACUUCAAGUACAGAUUUGACGUUGAAAGGAACGAGCCGUCCUUCAUCCACUACACCGUCCACCUUAUUGUCCUAAACGUGGCUACGGCAGAUUACGGAACAUACAUCAUCACGGCAACCACAGGAGGAGAUUACGCUAUAACUUAUACGGCCCAGAUUGAUGGAGUAGGUAUGAACUCCUUUGGCCCCUGCAUUUUAUGUAUUUAAUUAAAAAUUGAACAAUGCAUUAACUUACACGACAUACUGUUCUAAACUGACUAAAUUGCAAACUGCGUCUGAUAACUUCCCGAUGGACAAAAAAAAAAAAAAGAAAAACAUUCAAUUAAAAAAAAAGAAUAUUUUAUUAAAAAUUGAACAAUGAAUUAACUUACACGACAUACUGUUCUAAACUGACUAAAUUGCAAACUGCGUCUGAUAACUUCCCGAUGAAAAAAAAAAAAAAAAAAGAAAAACAUUCAAUUAAAACAAAAGAAUAUUUUAUACUAGUUAUAGCUCGCCAACCAUUGGCGACAGCAAUGAGUUAACUUCCCAUUACUCAAGUUACUUGACAAACACGAACCUGAAACAAUGCAAACUUCAGAAUUCUUGCUACAUCACUCCCCCGAAAAAUUAAAUGUUUCAUUUUGACUUGGAUAACAGAGUAGCUCUUAAGUUUAAUGUCCUUGAAUGUUUAGGCUUGACCAUCGGUUCUUAAGCGUUGGGUCAUGAACCCUUUGGGGGGUCAAACGACCCUUUGACAGGGACUGUCUAAGGCAAUCGGGAAACAUAUUUAUUAAUUAGCGACAAAUAAAAAAAAGAAAUUUUUAUGGUUGCGUAACCAUAACAUAAGGAACUGUAUUACGGUGUUGAGGCAUUAGGAAGUUUGAGAACCACCAGACUAGAGAAAUACCUUAUAAUAACCAUAAAAAAUAGGUGGAGAAAUAAAAGCUUGACAGAGCGUUCGGUAAAAAAAUGAAUUGCUCAAAUCCACAAAGCGCACAAUAAGCACAAUAUCCAGUGCGCGACAUUUAUUAGUGAACUCCCAGGCAUGACGGUUACAUUUUGAAUUAUACUUUAAAAAAAAAUAUAUUAACAAUUUGCAAUGCAUAGUCAACUAUAUAAUCCAUAAAGAAUUAAAGGAUGAGUUCUUUUCUCAUUUGUUUUUCAUAUUUUGCUCAAACUCACUACAACAUCAUAUAAUUUGUUUUUUCCUCUUCAAUAUUCUGUUAUGUUCACUGUUCUUUGCUUAUCAAUGUUUUUUACAAACUCAACUUUUGUAACGUUUGUGCAUUAAAAAAAAAAAAGGAUAAGCCCUUCUUUCUGCAACAAAUCUAAUUUCGUAGAAACUAAUUGCAGACAGCCUAAUUCCCUCUAUAUUACCAUAGUUGUUAUUACAUAUCAGAUAUAUCAUAAACAUACGAAUACAAAGACAAUAUGUUGUAGAAUAUCUUGAAUGUACAAGUACAGUGUGAGCCAUGUUUUGUGACUUUUAUGAACAGGUAAACCGUGUCCAGGAGGGUGGUGUGAGACACGGAAUAGAACAUGUCUACAGCUUAUGAAGACGGGCCAAAGCCACAAGAAAUACAAAAGGAAAUGUGAACAUUUUGGCGGGACUUUGUUCAAUGGGACAAUACGACAGACGACACAGUAUAGCAACAGUAUGUAGAGCUAAUAUAUAUAUAUAUAUAUAUUUAUAUAUAUAUAUAUAUAUAUAUAUAUAAAUAUAUGUGGGGGGCAGAACGGUGUAAACUGAAUCAAUCCAAAUGGAUGGUGAUCCCAUCCUAGUGGGUGGGACGUGUUAUCAUUAGAACCCAUCUAAGAGAAGACAAACACUAAAUUUAAACCGAGUGCCUGAAUAAUCAAUAAAUUGUUCGUAACCUUAAAAAAAUAGACACCAAUAUCAUUAAAAAAUGUAUAUAUACAGUUUCCUCAGCUUCUUAUUAUGAAACUGAAGACAGUGGAGUCAGUUAAGCUCUGGAUAAAUAUAAACAAUCUCCAAUUGAACGAUGAAAAGACCGAGCUGAUCCCCAUUGCUACCGCCCAAGAGCAAAAAUCUGUAAGAACUACCCUUAGUCUCUCAGGUAUACAGAUUGAGUUUGCUCAAUAAAGUACGAAACCUUGGUGUCUUGUAUAGAACAUUAGCUAUGGAAAAUCACAUAAACAUGUUUUUCCAGGCGAUUUUUCUAGAGCUGCGCUGAAUUAGUCAUAUCGGAACCUUCUUAACGUUUGGGGCAAUAAAGAGACUGAUAUCUACAUUUAUGCUAUCACGCAUGGCCUACUGAAAUGCUAUCAUGGUGGGUCUUCCAGAUACCCUCCUGGAUAAAAUUCAAAAAGCACACAUUAAUGCGGCUCGUAUUGUUCUUAGAAAACACUUCUGAGAGAGUUGCACUGGCUGCCAGUCCUCGCUCACAUAGUGUACAAAAUUGCAACUCUGUGCUUACCUCAUUCCUCGAAAACUCUCGAUACAACGUGUUCGCCUUGAGACUUACGGAAGGCGAACUUUUGCAUUUCCGGGCCCAACAAUUUGGAAUACUCUUCCUGACGCUCUCAGAAAAAGCCAGAUACUGGAGUCUUUCAAAACCGAUUUGAAAACACAUCUAUUUCGCAAACAUUUUCUGGGGUGAUGUUGUAUACCAUAUUUUCCACCUGGCCAUUAUCUCCUAGAUGUAUAUUGCCUACAUUGUUUAUGUUUGUAAGGGAUGAAAGAAUUAGAAUGAGUAUUCUCGUAUGUAGUUUUUGUAAUGUUGCGAUUUGUAUUUUAAUGUAGUAUAAUAUAAUAGAAUUCUUUUCAUUUCCCUUUUAAUGUGGUUGACUUUGUACCGCGCUUCAAGCCUUUGUUGAUGAAGCGUUAUUUUCAAAUAAACUUUAUUAUUAUUACUAUUAUAUAUAUAUAUAUUUAAAUACAUAUAUAUAUAUAAUAUAUAUUAUAGGUUUAAUGUUUUGAACUUGCCUAGUUCUACUUAUGAAGAGGUAUUGAAAUAUAAUCAUACUUUUUUAAUAUUAAAAAAUUAUAGUUUUUUGUGAUUUUUUUCCCCAAAAGUAGGAUAUUUUAGUCGUCUUAUUUGAGUCAGCUUUAAAUUAAAAAAAAAAAAUAUAUAUAUAUAUAAUACAAGGAGAAAUAAAUUAAUAAAAAAAAAAUAAAUAUAAAUCUAAUUUAUUGGCUUUAUUAUGUUUCUUUGUUAAUUUGUUUUUAUUGUAAACAUAAAUAGAUAAUAUUUUUUUUAAUCUUUAAAAAAAGCAUUAUUUUUUCUAAGAAACUUUCAAAAAAAAAUUUUUUACAGUACAUUCAACCCUUUCAUUUUAACUUUGAAAAAGAAUGUAGCUACGAUUAUCGUACAAUGACUAUAUUUUCUUUAACUUCUUUAAUAUACUUGAAAAUUUUCAGACUCGUUGCUAAGUACAGAUAGAAAAGACCACAUAGAUGUAUACGAAGAUAAUGAAACGUGCAACGUCUACACGUGGGCCAAUCAUACAGGAAAAGACAUUGCAGACUUCACUGCAUCUUCUGACUUCCAUAUGGCCUGUCAGAUUCCAUAUUGGUGUAAGGCAUUUGGAAUUUUUUUUUUAUCUUAACAUGUUUUUGUUACAAUCACCUAAGUGUGCUAAAACGUCUCUUGUUUUAUCUCAUGAGAUGUGUUUAUCAAAGGCUAAUCAACAUAUUAUAUAUAUAUAUAUAUAUAUGUAUAUUAAAUAGAUUAUCAAUUUGAGCAAAUAUUAUAAAGAGAUGAUGAAAAAUAUUUAUUUUAUUAAUUUACAGAAUGAGACUAUAAUUCAAAAAUUAAUAGAUUCCUUAGCAAAACAAACAAUGGAAAUGCUUAACAACAAGUUUAACAAACUAUACACUACACAUGAUUGUUUUAUAUUUAAUUUGUUUGAGUAACAUGAUUACUACUCUGACUGAUAUUCCUUUUAAUUGCCUGAGAACUAAUCUGAAGCAAUUCGUUACUUUAGACGUAUUAAUGAGGCGUCUAAAGUCGUUUAUAGAUAAUAGGUACUGAUGUAUGUUAUUGUAAUCAUAAUAUUUUAUUGACUUUUAUCUUUAUGCAUUGAGGGGCUCAAAAGUUCACACAUCUAUAUAAAAUCGAUUUAUAAUGUCUAGUUUGAUUUUACCUUCAGCGGAAGUUACAGAAAAAACUCAGGGACAGAUGGACCCAGUCUUAUCGCCAGAGAGUUCAGAUGAUGAUGGAAUGAGCGUGUACGUGUCUGUUGGGGCUCCGCUUUUCAUUGUCCUCGUGGGAACUUUUAUCGGAGUCUUAUGUUAUAGAAGAAGAGGUAACAAAGCAAAAAAAAAAAAAAAAAAAAAAAAAAAAAAAAAAAAAAAAAAAAAAAAAAAAAAAAAAAAAAAAAAAAAAAAAAAUAAAACAAAAAGAAAAAAAACAAAAAAAAAAAAAAAAAAAAAAAAAAAAAGCAUUUAAAUAGUAGCUACUUUUACAGAUGUAGACAGAUGACAUACGUCACUCCAAGUGACCUUAUUUCGGUUAGGGCCAUUGGGGGCUGAAAAAAAAAAAAAAAGGGCCGCACGCCUUACUCGAAAGAAAAUUACUGGUUAACCCUACAUGCCCACGCUCCAUACAAAGAAAAAGAAAAAACAUCACGACACAUAUUAAAAGAAAUGCAAUCAACUUCAACAUAUGGAUGGUUAUUAAAUGAAAUUAUAUUGGAUUCUAUUAGCAAACUUUCCUUUACGGAGAGAACAAAAUAUUAAAUCGUUACAUUUGAUAACUUUUACAAGCAAUAAUCUAAAAUAAAAUGUACAUAUUUUAAGUAUACAUUAUUAAAGCUUUAAAAAAAGACAACAUCGUACAAUAGGUUGAAGCAGAUCUCUCGUAUAAUAUGGUUUUGAUUUAAGCCCAUGACAAGAUUAUGUUUGUAUCUAUUGCAAACUAGUUUAAUAGAUUUUAAUUUAAUUGAUCAAUUAUUACUCUAGAUCUAUACAUUUUUUUUAUGCUUUGGAUAUAUUUCAAUUUACAAUAGAUUUAUCGUAUGCUAAAAAAAAAUUGAAAACUCAUUAUUUAUUAGUAAAAUUUAAAAACAAUAUUCUAUAUAUUUAUUUUAUUUCCAAUAAUUUCUAAAUUUCGAUUUUUCUUUCCAGUUCAUUACAAAAGAUCAAAAAGUUUUAAGUCAAGGUGACCUCAACUUUUAUAAUUUUUUUACCCAUUUUUAUUUUAGAUUAUGCUGUAAAUAUAGAUACUAGUUUAAAACAAAAUUGAAAAUAAAUAAACAUAUAUUUAAGUACUUGAUUUAAAUAACCUUUGCCAAAUAAUUUUUAAUAUUUUUUUUUUCGUUUCAAUCUUACUUGAAGGUUGUUGGAAUCAUCGUCUACAACUGAUGCAGGUACUUUGUUUAUUCAAUAAAUUCCAUAAAAACAUCAAAUAAAGUUUUAAUAAGUAAAUAAAAAUAAAAAUCUCAUGUCGAUAUUUAGCACUUAAUUUUCAUAUGCUGAUGUUAAAAUGCAAUCAAUUUCUUUAAAACAAAGCGCAUUUCCAAUAAAAAAUAUUUUCAGCUUACUUUGAAAAAGCCGAUCGAGAGAGUAUUUAUCACACACUGGAAGAGGCUGCUGUAGCAACGAUCAGAGACACUGACGAUGGACACGAUUAUGAUCUGACAAUAGAUGAACCAGCCCUCGAGGAUUUCAAGUCACCUCAUAUUAAACGUGAAAGCAUUAAACCUCUUCCUCCGCCAAGAUCAUCAGAAAAGAACAAAUUGGGCACCCAAUGCUUUGACGUGUCUGUGUAUGAUGUGUGUGGUGUGCAGUGCAUUGCCCACCCUGUCAUGAACAUCGCUGAUUCAACUAGCCAUGAUAUCGUAAGCAUUCAGGAAGAAGAUAGUAACCGUAUAGAAAACGAUUUUGAUCUGCUAAACGGGGAUAAAGGCAACACUAUUUCAUUAGAAAAAACGUUAAGAAAUCAAAAUGACAACACAGGAAGCUCUGAAAAAAAUAAAUGCUCCAACGCAUCUAUUGAAAUUAAAAACGAUACAACUGACUACAGCACACCACUCUCAACCAAAGAGGAGCACCAGUACUCUGGUUAUGUCAAGGAAUCCAUGACAAAGGGAGAGGAUUCAUUACAGACGCUCAAAGCUACAAUGUCAUACACGAACAUGAUACACAAGGAAGACACAUGCCAGGAACUAGACAAUAAAACUCUGAGCAAUUCAACUAAACAUUUGAAAGAAAACCACACUCCACAAGCCAGUGGCAAGGAUAUCGAUUCCUCGAAAAAUGACAACAGCAAGUUGUUGAUGCUUGAUUUGGAAGACACUGAAGCAUACGAACGGUGUUACAGUUUGCCGUUUAAACGUAAUGAUGAUCAUAUCUAUAACUCUUUCUCAUGCGUUGACAGCAGCGGUAUUACUUCCAAUAAAGAAAACGAUCCCAAUGCAUGCGAUGUGCAGAAAGAGGAACAUACAAAGAAUCUAACAGACAGACGAAACGUUGAAUGUAAUUGUAAUAUCGGAAGCGAUGCGUUUGAAAAAUCUAGAGUAUCGUAUGUUGAUUUGACGGAUCAAGCUGACAAUGCUGACCAUGAAAAUUUUACUUCGUCAAUAUUAAGUAAAGAUUGUAUUAUGAGAGACCGUAAUUCUUACACAAGUACAGACGGCGCAGUCUUAAAAUGUAACGCUAAUGGUUUAGCAGGGGAGGUAAUUUCAUCAAAUGGAACGAAUGUUGAAGGCAAUGCGUACAAAGCACUAUUUGAUUCCGAAACAAAUCCUACAAUGCUUAAUGGAGACACAAUAGCAAAAGAACAAGAUGAUAUGAAUAAUGAGAACUGGUAUCUUCAAUUCGAUGGCGCACAGUGUGAGGAUGUCAGUCAAAUGAAACCAGGAUGUGAAAGCAAUGAAGAAUACAUGACAUGGGACGGUGGAGAUGUAAGCAUUGAUGAAGAAGUUCCAAGCAACAACACACAUGCCUUUGCUUUGAGUAGCGGAGAAGUUGCGUUUAAUAUGACCUCAAGAAAAGAUGAAACAUCCCGUAAUCAUUGCGUUGAAAAUAUCGAGGAGGGUAAUUCUGAAAUACAAGAAGCCAGCCUCGUUUAUUGGACACCUGAUGGCACCAAGAAAAGGGCUUUAGGGGAAGCUAACCCACCAUUGUCUGAUGAAUAUAGUGCGCCUUAUGACUUUCUAACAAAAUAUUGAAUAUCAGGUUCAAUGCCACGAAACUUUUUAUACAUUAAUUUUAGGGGAUAAAAAUACCAAGGAAAAAAAAAGCUUGACAAUGUCAAGGGCAAAAGAUUAAAAAACAAAGUAAUAGAUUAUUAGCAAUGUUUCUAUAGCGCUAAUUAAUAGAUACCGUCAAACAUGUCUCUUAAUGUGUAUGUAUCACAAUUGAAAAACGACUCUCAAAACAUAUAUUAGGUAGUCCGAUCAGCAGAUUGAAUAAUCUUGCAACAUUGAAACCUUGGGUAUCUUAGAUGUAACCAGACAAUUUUUGAGGUUGGCAGUCAUAUGAAGUUUGUGGUAUUUCCAUAAGAAACAUACUGUACCAUUAAAAGGUGAUGCUUAUUUCAUGAAACACUUUGUUCUCUUCAUUAUUGUCUUAUCAAACAUAUUUAAUAAGUAUAUGCUUUAUGUAAAAUAACGAAAAAAAUAUUACAGGAAAUGAAUAUUAUGCAUUUUGCUUUGUAUUUAUCCCUUUUUUUUGUAGCAUAUAUAUAUAUAUAUAUAUAUAUAUACAGUAUAUUUAAGACAUUAAAAUUAAAAUCCAUGCUUAGUUGGUUGAUGGUUGACCUUUUUGAAAGUUCAACAAAU